CCGGAGCUGCGGGCAGCAGGCGGACUGUUAAACCGCGGCGGCCGGGGCGGGAGCGGGGCGCGCUCUGGAGACGAGGCAGCGGCGCUCCGGGUCGGGGGAGGCGGGCGGGCAGCUAGACAUCGCCGGCAGCCCCCACCACGGCCGGACCGAAGGUGCGGCGGCGGAGGGCAGCCUGGGCGCCCCAGCAGGUUUCCAGUAAUUAUCUGCAGGAUUCGCCAUGACCCCAGCCCUGAAGGAGACAACAACAAAGGGUAUCUGCUUUUCAUCUUUGCCAAGUACCAUGGAAUCUGACAAGAUGCUAUGCAUGGAAAAUCCACGAACUGGAGGUGAAAAGCUAAAAGGAGGAGACACUUUCUCUCAGAUGCUGGGAUUUCCGACUCCUGAACCUACUCUUAAUACUAAUUUUGUGAAUUUAAAACAUUUUACCUCCCCUCAGGCUUCAAAACAUUUUCAGACAGUUCUUCUAAUGAGCUCUAAUUCUACAUUAAAUAAAUAUGAGAAUUAUAACCAAAAGAAAUUAGGGGAGGCUAACUGUAGUAAGCUGAAAAAUGUACUGUGUAAUGGCAGCAACAUUCAGCUCAAUAAAAUCUGCCAUUCUCAUUCUGAGAAUGAAUUAACCAAAAAGGACCUUUCAGAUAGCACAAGCCAGUGCAUGAAGGAUUUACAAAUAGUUUUGGAUUCAAAUCUCACCAAAGACACUAAUGUAGAUAAGAUACAUCUGCAAAACUGUAAAUGGUACCAAAAGAAUGCACUUGUGGAUAGAUUUACUGAUACUAAGAUUAAAAAGGGUUUAUUGCAGUGUACUCAAAAGAAAAUUGGACCUGUUCACUCAAAUAUGCCUGUCAGUUCCUCAGCUGCUGAGAAAGAGGAGGAAGUGAAUGCUCGUUUACUGCAUUGUGUAAAUAAACAGAAAAUUUUACUUAGCCAGGCUAGAAGAACUCAGAAACACUUGCAGAUGCUCCUGGCAAAGCAUGUUGUUAAGCACUAUGGUCAACAGAUGAAAUUUUCUAUGAAGCAUCAGCUGCCCACAGUGAAGAUCUUCCAUGAUAACUGUUCAAGUUUACUUGAACACACUGAAAUUAAGCCAGAAGUCAACAUACUGACUUCAGAGAAUAAAUUAUGGGAUGAUACAAAAAAUGGCUUUGCCCAGUGUACAGCCACAGAAAUCCAAAGAUUUGCACUGUCUGCUACAGGGCUGUUGUCUCAUGUCGAAGAGGGCCUGGAUUCUGAUGCAACCGAUAGCAGCUCUGAUGACGAAUUGGAUGAAUAUACCAUUAGAAAAAAUGUGGCAGUUAAUUCUAGUACUGAAUGGAAGUGGCUUGUAGACAGAGCACGAGUCGGCAGCCGUUGGACUUGGCUUCAAGCCCAGAUCUCAGAGCUAGAAUACAAAAUCCAGCAACUAACAGAUGUUCACAGGCAGAUUCGGGCCUCCAAGGGGAAUGUGACCCUAGAAGAAUGUCAUUCCCAGAAAGACAUUUUGCAAAGACAAAUUCAAUUUUCAAACCAAGCAAUUUCAUUAAACACUUCAGGGAAUCCUCAGAUUCCCCAAAGGAGUCAAGAACCUUUACCAGAACAAGAUUUUGAGAUGUCACCAAGCAGCCCUACACUACUUCUUCGAAACAUAGAAAAACAGAGUGCACAAUUGACUGAAAUCAUCAACAGUUUGAUAGCCCCUCUCAACUUGUCUCCAACUUCAUCACCCCUCCCUUCUAAAUCCUGUAGCCACAAAUGUCUGGCUAAUGGCAGUUCAAGAAGUGCUUCAGAGAAUUUAGAUGAGCUCUCUUCCUCCAGUAGCCUGUUACUUAAUCAGAAGCACAGUAAGAAAAGGAGAAAAGACAGGACAAGGUUGAAAUCUCCAUCCUUGGCUAUCAUGAGUACAGCUGCCCGAACAAGGCCACUUCAGAGUUUCCACAAACGAAAACUCUACAGAUUGAGCCCCACUUUUUAUUGGACUCCUCAGACUUCACCUUCAAAGGAUGCAUUUUUAAAUGUUACGCAAAUGCCUUACCUGCCAUCAGCUUCAAGUUGGGGUAACUGUGAACACAAUUCCAAGUCUCAGAUGUUAAGAGAACAUGUUUCAAAAAUAGAUUCCUCUUUUCAUCCCGUUCUAUCAUUGCCAUCAGAUGUGCCUCUUCAUCUUCAUUUUGAGACAUUAUUUAAAAAGACUGAAAUAAAAGGAGAGCUUGCUGAAAAUAAAUUUGUAGGCAACUAUAUCAUAUCAUCAUCAGCUGUACAUGGUACUUCUCUCAGUCAGUGGAGAAAUGGAUAUUCACCUAUAUGUAAACCUCAGAUAAGGUCAGAAUCAUCUGCACAACUAUUACAGGGAAGAAAAAAAAGACAUUUGAGUGAAACAGCAUUAGCAGGAGAAAGAACUAGAAUUGAAGAAUUUGCUUUUCAACGCACAGAACCAGGAUUCCAUUGCGAUUUUACUGCUGUCUCUAAUGUCAAUGUCACAUCAAGAGCCCAGAAUUCGUCCUCACAAAAUACUGCACGACGCAGGUUAAGAAGUGAGAGCUCUUAUGACAUAGAUAACAUUGUGAUUCCCAUGUCAUUAGUAGCCCCAGCCAAGUUAGAGAAACUCCAAUAUAAAGAAAUACUUACUCCACGCUGGAGGAUGGUUGUUCUUCAGCCUUUGGAUGAACACAAUUUAAGUGACGAAGAGAUAGAAGAUCUUUCUGAUGAAGUCUUCUCCCUAAGACACAAAAAAUAUGAAGAGAGAGAGCAAGCUAGGUGGUCACUCUGGGAGCAAAGCAAGUGGCAUAGAAGAAAUAACAGAGUUUACAGUAAAAAUGCUGAAGGACAGGAUUUGAUUUUGAAAGAACACGCUAAUGACUUUAAUAAUGGUCAGCAAUGUGCUGCUCAAAGUCCUCUUGAGCUUCCAGCAGAGAGCCAUGAUCUGUGUGGACAGGAUUCACUUUCUUUAAAUGAAAGUCAAGAAGUCAAGUCUUUGUGGUGGGAACGACGAGCUUUUCCACUGAAGGAUGAGGACACAACAGCCUUAUUAUGCCAGGAUGAAAGAAAGGAUCAGACUGAGAGGGCACACACAGCCUUCCACGGUGAAGUUUUCUGUCCUAGCGCAGCAGAGGACGGCCACCCUCCAAAAAUGCAGUCAGAGGGAAUGGAAGAGCAUAAAACCUUUGGUAUAGGAGUUGCUAAUGUUAAAAGAAAUAGGUGACAGGGAACAUGUUAAGAAAACUGAAAGGAAGACAGGAAAAAAAAACAACCCCCUUCUGGAUUUUCCACCCCAUGGUCACAGUUCCAGAACAAGAGGACAUGCUGCAUGCAUCCAUCUUAUACUGUCUGUGAAGCAGGCCAGAGAAGUUUCUCUUUCCUUCCUGCACCACAGAAGUAGCUAGCUUUUCAUCUACACAGAAAAGCUGGUCAUUUGUGCUUGUCAGAUAGGUCACAAGCAUCAAGAUUAACUGCUGCCAUUUGAAGCUAAAUCACAUUGCUGGGUAAUUUUUAAGGUGAUAUCUCCCCAUGUAUACUUGACUUGCCUCAAAUGACAACUAUUUUUUUUUUGUUCACAUGGUAAUUCACUAAAAUUGCCUCAGAAAUAUGAGAAUAUACCAAUGUGUACAUAGAAAACACACACAUAUGCACGCACUUGCACGUAGUUUUAAGACUGUGCUAACAGUGAUCCAUGCCACUUAAAAAUGCAUGUAUGAACUACUCUAUGCAAUGCAAGCUGCAACAAACCUCAAGCACAGGUGUCCACUAAUAAAACACCUAAAAGCUUUGACUAUGUAGAGGGAGGUUUUUUUUUUUUUUUCUUUUUAACCCUUUAACCAACACAAGUUAUUCACGUGAAUUCUUACAUCAGAUAACACAGUAUUCAUUUAUUUGAAAUCACUGUUAUCUCCUGCACUAACCACAGGCUACUUUGUUUAUUACUAAUAGAAUUAAGAGAAGCAACUUAGAAUUUAAUAUUGGUACAUUUUAAAAUGAUCACAUUUUUUGAAAAUUCAACUUGAGUUUUUAACCUACUUUAUGUACCUCAUGGAGAUAUCAAUUUAAAAUGUAUAAACAUAAAAAUUGUAAGGUGGUUGUAAUUCUAGCUACUGUACAGCUAGAAAAUUUACUGUAUUCUAGUUAAUCCGUUCCUCCUUUGCUAUAGCUUACAUUAUUCAAAUGUCUGCUCUUAUGGGCAUCCUAGAUUAAGAAUUCAGAUUUUUCAAAGAGUCAGACUUUAAUAUCGAUUACUGACCGAGGAAUGCACAUAAGCAAAAUUCUUUUGGAACCUAUGAUACCAUUUUUCCUAUAUGAAAAUUGAGGAUAAUUUGUAUGAAUCACUUUGUCAUGUAAAAAAGGUUAUUCAAUUUGUAGUACUCAUAUUACUGAAAAUCCUGGCCAUUAGUUCUAAAGUCUGUGGGAAUGGACACUAAAGGGGGUAACAAAAAAACCAUUCAAAUUCAAUACUUACAGACUGUUGCUUAUAGUUUCACUGUACAUUUAUUUUUAAAGAAAAAGAAAACAAAAGCCAGAAAAACACAAGUUGCCCCAGCAAAUAAAUUCAAAUCUUUGUCAUGUCUAAUAGUAUAAUCUACAUUUUUUAAUUAAAGUUAUUUCUAUAUGCCUUGUAUUGUGUGAUUUGAUUAAAUGCUAUUAUUCAUGAAACCAAUCUUUCUUAAGCUAAAAUAAAAACAAGUAUUAAUAAACUUCUACCUUGUAGGGCAGGAAGAAGCCCAAACAAGUUCUAUUCCAUGAGAACGUGUCAGUGUUCUUAUUUUUUUAACCUUAUUUUUCAAAACAUAUAGCCUGAAGAAAUUUAACAACACUGGUUUUUUUUCCUUGUCAUAUUCAAAAGUGAAGUAGCUGAUACAUAGUCUCUGGGUUACUGGGAACACAGUUAUAAAUACUUAGCUUACAGAGUAACUCUGUAUCCUAUCAUCUCAGCUUAUUCUUUCUUCCUUAGAAUAAAAUCUGUAUCCCUGGGGUCAAAAUCCAUAGAUUAGCAGAGUAGUUCUUGACACUCAAUUCUUUAGAGGGUACAGUUAAACUGAAAA